AUGCCGGAAGCAAGAGACAGAUUGUCGAGGCAAGAGGACGUUGUAGCCACUUACAGCAGUCGAAGGAGGAAUUUUGGCAGGAGGAAUAUUGCGGGGGUUAAUUCGGUAGCAUUUGUUCUUGAAGAUGAUGGGGAUGAAGGGCAAGCUACUGAAACUCCCUUCCGGUGGAGGGGUACAGCAAUGGUGGGUACACCUGGAGUGGCUUCAAGGAGGGGUAGUAUUGGAACUCCAAGAAUCAGGCGUGUGCCGUACUUGGGUCGACCAUCUCCGCUGACCACCGGGCGUGAAAACGUGUCUCCUUUAGUGGGGACUGGCCGAGGGCGUGGUGGUGGCCGGGGCCGUGGAAGUACUGUUCUGCCUUCUUGGUAUCCAAGAAGACCCCUUCGCGAGAUUACUGCUGUAGUGAGGGCAAUUGAAAGAAGAAGAGCGCAUAGGGAAGAAGGUGAAGGCCUACGACAAACUGAGAGUCCUAUACUCCGGGACCGUACUCACGAUCCUUCAGCAUCCACCUCAGCUGUUCAACUCGAACACGACCUUUCCAUGAUCUCUCCAAAUCCGACUAUUGGACUUAAACGCCCUCCCUCGACCAUUGGUAAAGUUCCAAAGAUAUUGCUCAAUAUCACCAAUAACCAGAGUGAUGGAGAUUCCUCCAUGACGCCUCAGAAGAAACUUCUAGAAAAUAUUGACACGGUCGAGAAAGUUGUGAUGGAGGAGCUUCGUAAGCUGAAGAGGACCCCAUCUGCUAAGAAAGCUGAGAGAGAAAAACGGGUGAGGACAUUGAUGUCCAUGCGCUAA